AUGGAAGGAGCUGGCGAUAGCUUCACAUCGGCCUCAACCACCACCACCACCCGCCUCCACAUCACCCCUCUAGACCCUGAUCUGCUCAAGGUCAUCAUCCCCGCCAAGGCCAUCCCCGUCGCUGCGAACAUCUCGUACCAUACCCUCGAGACCUUUCCCGAAAAGCGUUACGGCUUCGUGGACCUGCCGACCGAGGAAGCCGAUCGCAUAAAGAAGAAGCUCAACGGCGCCGUCUUAAAAGGUGUCAAGAUCAGGAUUGAGAAGGCGAGGCAGAGCAAGGAAGAUUUAAUCAUGGCACGGCGCAAGGAGGAGGAGGAGCGGUCUGGCGACAAGGACAAAAAGACCAAGAAGGAGAAGGUACCCAAGGAGAAAAAGGAUCGCAGCAAGAAGCGCAAGAGGGAUGAUGAGGAGAUUGCUGGCGUCGAGCUUGAGGAGGGUCGCAAGGUCAAACGUGGCUGGACCGUUUCGCCCAAGGAAGCACGCGAGGCCAAGUCUAAAGACAAGAGCAAGAAGAAGGAUAAGGACAAGGACAAGGCAAAAGACAAGAAAAAGCGCAAGGAGCAAAAGUCUGUCUACACCGAGGGUCCCGAGUGUCUGAUCAGGACGGUGCUGCCAGCGACAGCUCUCGCUGAACAGGAUGGCUCGGUCAAGAAGCGGAAAAAGAAGGACAAGACUGUCGUGAUACACGAGUUCAAGAAGACAAAGACGUUUCCCACGUUCUUGAAGAGUUCCACAUCGGCAAAUUCUAUUCCGACAGAGUACGUAGAGGGCACCGGCUGGGUUGAUCAAGAUGGCAAUGUUGUGGAGGCUGUGCGGUCGACGCGGUCUACAGGACGAAGGCGGAAGGAAAAGUCGCCAUCGCCACAUACGUCGUCGGCAGUGGAGGGCGAUGCACAAGAUGAUCCUAAGCCGACGUCCGCAGAACCAGAUGCUGAGGAUACCACUAGUUCCAGUGGCAGUGACACGUCAUCCGAUGAGGAAAGCGAGGAGGAGGAAGCCUCUAACGAGAUCCUACCACCGAUGAAACUUCGACCGGACUCCAUAUCUAUCCCGGAGACACCUUCACCUUCGAAGGAUGAAGCCAUGAGUGCGGUGUCGAAAACACACUCACCUAGACCCAAGUCUGCAAGCUCCGUCAUGAGCUUGACAAUCAAGAUACCGCCGGCUACACCCGUCACCCCGGGCAAAGCCUCGGUACACCCACUGGAAGCACUCUACAAACGACCUAAGCCUGACGGAAAGGAAUCCUCGGCCGUCUCGGAGGAGAAGCCCGGAUUCACUUUCUUUGGUGGGGAAGACUUUGAGGAUCAGGAUAUGGAGGACGAAGCCAACAGCGGCGCUUUACAGCCACCCAUGACUCCAUUCACGCGCCAGGACUGGGAGCAUCGCAAUAUCCGCAGCGCGGCACCGACGCCGGAUACGGCGCACCACAACCGCAGCUUCAGGUUCUGGCCGCCGCCUGGUGAGGAGGAUGAUAUUGCCGAGGACGAAGAGGAGGAAGAUGGAGAUGACGACAACGAAGCCGGUGAUAACAACGGCUCAGCAUCUGAAGCGGCCGCUGCAAGCGGCGAGAAGGCGCCAACCACGGACUUCCAGAAAUGGUUUUGGGAGAAUCGUGGCGAUCUCAAUCGCUCCUGGAAGAAGAGGAGAAAGCUGGCAGGCAAGGAGAAGAGGUAUAGGGAAAACCGGUCGCGGGCAAGUAGGGCCGUCUAA